AUGUCGAAAUCUCGGAAUGCCGUGUGCGACACUCGAUGUCAAAACUUCCAUCGCGAAAUGGCCAAGAAAACGGAAAAGCUGAAAACCCUCUGGUUCAUAAAAAAUCGGCAGCGUCUCUACGAUAACCUGGCCAAAGAUGGAAUAUCUCAAAAGCACCGCUUACCGUCGCAAUCCAAACAAAAAAUCGAACCGAUAAAAGAAUCCAGACCACCUGUAUGCGAUCGAUGCGUAGAGCAGCGACCUUUACCCCCUUGGCGACCGCCCGGGGAGGCGGACGAUUUUAGUGAAAUGUUGCCGAUAAAACCGGCCAUCCUCGAUAUUCUCUACAGGCCCAAAGAUCAGAGUUUCCUCUCGAAAAAGAAUUACCUCAGAGAAAGAUACAAGGAAAAACCCGACGAGAAAUUUUACUUUCCCUACUGUUCGAGCUGGGAAUACGGCUGGCGCCUGCGAGACUACCCCAAGCCUCGGGUAUCGGAUCGGGGUCGUCGCGCCGUCAUCCAGUCGUCGUUUUAUCGUCGCAACGCCUCGAGCCUCCAGCGCGAUCCCGACUGGUAUCGAAUCUGCCAAACCAGCGACCCGAACAAUUUCAACGAUGUUCUUACCUACUAA